CACCUGGCACGUGAGUGCGCGCCUUCUGUUUUUCUGUUUAGUUUUGGAGCCAUUUUGGCGUGGUGUGUUGCACUGGUUGCACGUGGUAGACGUGGUCGCGAGAAGAGUAGCCUGUGGCCGCACCAUGAAGGCGAAGCGUAGUGGUGGUGGUAAACCUGUCAAACAGCCGGAAAAGGUCAACCCGUUUGAAGUGAAAGUGAAUAGGCAGAAGCACGAUGUGCUCGGUAGAAAGUCGAAGAGUGACCGUGGUCUCCUUGGCGUUUCUCGAAACAAGGCGAUCAAGAAGCGCAAAGCGACUCUACUGCAAGAAUACGUCUUGCGGAACAAAUCGAGCACCUUCAUGGACAAACGGAUCGGUGAGUUCGACUCUGACAUGAAUCCUGAUGAUAAGAUGGCAGCGCGACUAGCGCAGGAGCGCAAGAUUUCACAGAAGAAAAACGUAUUCAGCCUCAAUGAGGACGAAGAGUUGACGCAUCUCGGCAAGUCUAUCAACGACAUGGAAAACCACGACGAUCCCCGCAGUGACGACGAAGAUCUUUACGACAAGCUGGGUAGGGACUUCACCGAAAAGACAAAUUUCGGUGGAUUUCUGACAAAAGCCGAUCCCAGCAGCGAUGCUGCAAAAUCGCGCCGAGAAGCUAUUGAUCAGCUCAUUGCAGAGUCAAAAAAACUCAAGUACGAAAGGCAAGUUGAGAAAGACGAAAACUUCGAGCUUACGGAGAAGCUCGAUAAAGACUGGAAGGAAUUCCAGAGUCUCUUAGCUGCGUCCAAGAACAAGAAGAGCGCUGCAGGAGACAAGGAGGCUAGCACGGAUGACUACGACGUGCUAGUGAAGCAGCUCAAGUUUGCGCCGUUGGCUGGACAGGCUUCCGAAAGAGUGAAGACAGAAGAUGAGAUAGCCCAGGCGGAGAGAAAACGACUCGAGAAGCUGGAACAAGAAAGGAAAGCCAGGGCUCAGGGGACCGAAACGAGAAAGGGCGCGAAUAAGAGGCAACUAGCUUCUGCUGACGAUUUGGACGAUAGCUUUUACAAGCGCGAGUGCAUCACUGGAACCACUAAACAAAGUGAAAGCGACGAGGACGAGCCUGAAGAAGAUGAAGAGGCUGGCCGUGUCGCUGGUGUUGAGUCGAAAGAGGAGAGUGACACAAGCGCUGAUGACUCUGAGGAGGGGGAUGGAGAUGAGUCUGAUAAAGAUAGCUACGCCGAUUUGGAAUCUGACAAGGAAGCCAGUAGCGACGAUGACGAGUUGAGAGACGAGACGGUUAACUUGACAGAAACCAAUAAAAAGCUUGGACCUGCCAAAGAUAAAAGUCUGCCAUCUGAAGUGCACGUAAAACUGAAAGAAACAGAAGCAGGCAAGCAGAAGUCAACAGUUGAUGUACCUGAUACUGAAGAAGAAUUAAGGUUGUUGGGAAAGAAGACAGCAGAUGAAAAGGCUGCCCUCAUUGAACGUAUGAUUAGAGGCAAUCGGGCAAGUUCAUCAUGCAAGAAACUUGAGAGGCUCUUCGUGUUUCUUCUUCAGCACAUCAGUGAUGUGGCAGAUGUAGACAUUCACCUGGUGGACAAACUGUGCCCCCACAUUUACUCCCUGGUGCAGCUUUCCCCAACUACGUGUGGCCACUUCCUUUUGGACGUAAUUUCUGAAAAGGAGGAAGAACUUCAAAUUCUUUUGAGUAAGAAGGCUAGGUUUUCAGUGCCUUUUCCAACUUUUAGCACCCUUGUGUUUUUAAAGCUUGUAGGGCAGUCCUACUCUGCUUCAGACUUCUCGCACAUGGUUGCUACUCCAGCAAUGCUUUUUGCAAGUCACAUGCUCACUUGUUGUGGACUUAAGGAGCCUGUAGACUUUCUAAGAGGCGUCUUUGUAGCCAACGUUUUCCUCGAAUAUCUGUCAUACUCAAGGCGCUUUUCACCAGAGCUCCUCACUUUCCUAGCACGGCUUCUUUCCCACAGUGCCUUGAAGCUUGAAGAUGAGGGAAGUGCAGCAGCUGUGAGUGAAAGUGAGCUUAAGCUGCCCUUGAAAGCUUUGGGAAGCAGCCAGGUGGAGAUGACUGAUGAUUUGAAGCUGAAGAUCAUCUAUGCUGGUGUCAAGCUCACUGAAAAGUGUGCAUGUUUGUACGAGGCACUGCCUUCUUACAGGGAGCUGUGCGAUUCACUGUCGGCUGUGUGCCAGAAACUUGUGGAAUCCACUUACCCUGAGAGUCUGAGAGGUGUGAUAGAGAACUUACUGGUCAAGCUUGGUCACAAAGUUGAACGGAAGCCACUGAAGCCAACCAAAAAGCCACCACCAACGAAACCACUUUUGGAGCCCAGGUUCAGCAUGAAGUUUGAUGGCCGGAAGCAUUUCUCAGGUGGCGAGAAGAAGGUAGAACUCAAGAAGCUUAAUUAUCAGUACAAGAAGGAAAUGAAGGGAGCUAUGCGAGAAGUGCGCAGGGACAACCAGUUUUUGGCUCAGCACAUCCUCAAGGAGCAAAUGGCAAAGGAUACUGAGCGUAGAGAGAAGGUGAAGCGCAUUUACAAAGAGCUUGCCAGCCAGGAAGGUGAAUACAAGGCACUGAAGAGGAAGAAAGAAAAACUGUCAAAUCGCAUGUAAAUAAUGUAAUAGGUACAUAAUGUGUAAAGUAUUUUGCCUGUACUUGGAAAUUCACAUGUAAAUAUUGAAAUAUACUCUGAACUUAUGUUGU